CUCCAGCUCAGCUCACAAGAGACAAAGAGGCUUAAAGAGGACAGAGUAGUACGCGAGGCCCUCGAGAAGGACUGUACAGACAAAGCACCGACCUGGAAUAUGACCACAACGAGGACUUGAGAUUCAACACGCGCAAGAGCUGGAUGAGGUAGCGGACUGAUACGCACAAAGAGCUGAAACGACUGGAAGACUACCACACGCAAAAGCUGAAGCAGGCUGAAGAUUGACUUCAGUCGAUGGAGAGCUCGUUGCGAGUCAACAGAGCCGCAUUGAACUCGAAAGAGAAAACGUUGCGCGCCACUAUUGCUCGGCUCAAAGCGCUUCAAGAGGAGAUGGAGGCCAAGAAUAAGGAUUUUGAGAUUGAAGGAGCAGCGCUACGAGCUCAAGUACAAACACUACAGAGACAGCUGAGCAGAUCGCUCCAUGAAGUGGAAGAGCUGCGAGCAAAAGCUGUGGCAAUGGACAAACGCUACAAAGACGGUUUUGACCUCUGGCUCGACAGCAUGAACGACAUGUUGGCCGCUGCACCAAUAACUCGAGCUAUUCGCGUACCACCUCGCCCUGCUACAGCGUAGCUCUGUCAACAUUAAAUAAAUAUUUAAAAUAGAACCUUCUUUAACCUUCUAAAUUAAUAUACAUUCCAUUUUUUCUAAAACA